UUUUGGCAUAAAAUGACGUAAUGAUGCGGUUGGUGGAUUUGCGUUUUUACCAUCAAAGAAUCUGCGUCGCAGAUAUUUAUUCUGUAUUGCUAUUAUUUGUAAUGUGUAUGAGGUGUGAUAACUUGUAGAACCUUUUAUUGAGUUACUACGGUUACAUAUUUGUUAAAUUUAGGGUUUUAACAUACUGAACGUGACUACAUACUGAAGGUGAAUCUCCCGCAUUUUUUGUCUAUUCAGAUUUGAUAAUCAUAAUGGCAACGUCUACAGUAUCCAGUAAUCAGUGUUCUUCUCAUCUAAGUGCUCAUGAUCUGUCUGCAAAAGCUAGUAAAAGACUCAGAUCCAAGAAGGUUAUUAUUGUUAACAAAAGCUCACUAAGAACUACAGUUACUACAAGAAACAAAAAAUUACAUAAGGUAGAAAAUAUUUCUCCAAAGAGACAUAUAUCAACAAAAUCGAAUAAGGAUGAUUCUCACGAUGAAUCAAAAACAAAAAAGAAGAUUAAGAAAUCUACAAAAAAAGAACAAGAGAAGAAGGAAACACACAAGAAAAGAAAGAAUGUGGGUAAUAGUGGUAUAAUUAAAAAUAAACACAGGGUAUCAAUUAAAGAAAAGAAAGUAACUAAUCAUUCUCCAAAGAAGCAUCAGAUGACAUUGGAAGAAUCUUUUAAGCAUCAAUCAUUACCAAGACAUCUACGACCCCGUCGAAAUAAAAUAAAUUAUUGUGAUGAUUCAAAAUUAUUAAAGCAUCAUCUCCCAUUACAGCAUCAAAACAGUAUAGUGAUAUUAGACAGAAUAGAUUCAGAUGAUACCUGUAAGAAAGUACCUGUGUACAAAAUCAUAAAAACAUCGGGAGUAUCUUUAGAAGAUAAGAACAAUAUAUAUGAUUUUAAGUAUGAUGCUGAUGAUACAGAAGAAAAAAGAACCAAGAAGAAAAAGAAAAAAAAUAUUAAAACUAAGAGCAGAAUGAUUAAAAGAAAGAAAAAAGUUGCAUUGCAAACAAAAACAAUUGACAAUAAGGCAGAUAAAUUUGAUCCUGAUAUGAAUCCUGUUAUGGAGAUCGCUCAAGGUACAUCUCCAUUGGAACCUGCAGCAACAAUACCAUCACCGCUUCCUGAAUCAACAAAGGAAGUUGCAAAGGUAAUUGAAACACCAAAAUUAAAUACAGAUAUUCAAAUAAUAGAAGAAAUAUCUUUAUCUGAGAAGCCAUCUGAUAAACCAUCUGCAGAGCAGAUCAAAGUACAGAAUACAAAGAAGCCAAUGAUUAUGUCUAUUGAGAAUGCUAAUAAUAUCAUAAUCUCUAAAACAGCACCUAACAGUGAUGAAAACAUGCUGCCCUUUCGGUUAUCACCGAAUAUAUUUAGUAAUAGACUCAUAACACAAUUUAAAAAUACACAGAAUAAUUCAUUAUUAAUACAAUCAUUGUCUCCUAUAUCAAAAGAGUAUAAUACAUUUGAUCCUGGUAGUCCAUGGCGACCUCCGCAAUUGCCUUAUACAUUUUCUCACUCUAAGUAUUUCAUUCAAAGUACACCAAAUGUGAUUAAACUGGAUACUGUAUAUAAGAAACGUGUAAUGCAAGUAAAGGAUGAUUUCCACAAUGUUGACAAAACAAACAUAAGUGACGUGAUAUCAAAGAAUGCAAAUUCUUCGAUACAAAAUAUAUCAGAUAAUAAGAUGAGUUGUAAAAAGAAUUACAAUCCACACCGAAAAUUUGGCACAGAAAUAACAAAUAUUGAGCAUCUGAGCAACAGUUCAAACAUGCAAAGUAGUAAUGUGGAAGUCAUAAGCGAGAAGCCAGCAGCAGAGACCGAGAAUUCGGUAACGAAUGUUCAGUUGAAUACAAUUGCAUCUCCGUCACCAAAUCCCCCAUCAUUCGACGAUAUGGACGAUAAAGAGAAUGUAGCCGCAAAUUAUCAAACUCCCAAGAAGCCAACAAAAAAGAAACUAAGAAAGAGACACCUUUCUAACUCUUCUCCGUCCAAAACAUGCGAGAUUAAGAAUAUUGUGCAAAACGAAAAUAUAGAUCCGCAACCUGGGCCAUCGGGGAUAAAAUAUUCAAGGAACCAUGACGAGCAGAAAAUAUUGCGUCAAUCUAAUUUAAACAACUACCUAAACUUAAUGAAUAUGCCGGAAAACACUAAGAUAAUCACGAAACACGGAAUAUUUGAUGAUGCAUGUUCAUCUCGUGUCAAUAGUAGCAUAAAAGCAUCGAAUAAGCCAACAGAAGAAUUGAUGAAUGCGUUCGGCUUCUGCGAAGAGAGUACUACUCCCGAUAUAUCUCCCAAGAAGAACGAACUUGCAACUAAUCAAGCGACUAAAGUUCAGACAACUUGCUCGAAUAAGCUUGUUACAACAGCGAUACCCGCUAGAUUCUCAUUAGGAGAACUAAAGAAUAAGUUAGUUGUUAAAAAGUCGGAUAAGAACGCGAAUAACCAUGUACAACAGGCAACCAGUAACCAAAAAAAUGUUGAAGUGAGGAAAUCACCUGAAGUGGAAAAGAAUCGUCUAAUAGAUGUCCUCCACUUUUCCGAUACCUUCGAUGUCUUAUCCGAAUCUGGGAGGCUAUCGAAUUGCGGUGAUGAUCCUUUAUUUAUGGAUUUAGAACCUUCGCACUUUUCGAAACCACCUCAGCAUUCGUAUAAAAGAAAACGUGAUAUAACGUUCAAUUUUUCGAACGAUAGCGACCAAGAAGAUGAAGAAAAUGUCAAAACAUAUGUAAAGAAAAAGAAACCUAAUAAGAUGGAAAAACAGAAUAGGAAACGAUUGGAGGAAUGGGCGAGAACAAUUAAUAAUACAUUUCAGGAAAUUGAUGAAUAUGAUUUAUUAAUUGAAUAAUAUGAAAAUCGUACAGUUGCUUAAACGAUUAAUUUAAGAGAUUUAAGGGAAUUAUUUAAUUUUCAAACUGUAUAUAGACCAAUAAAUGUGUCUUUCCUUUCAUUUCUUAAAUUGUAUUAAAAAUUA